UUCUCCAGACCGACCAAAGAUGGCGGCGGCUGAGCUGCAGUGGAUGCCGGAUUCCCUAUACAAUUCCGCCAUCACAGCCGUCGUCGACAACUAUUCCCGCACCAGGAAGGACGUUAGAUCACUACCAGACAACAUCCAGUUCGAUAUUUAUUACAAGUUGUACCAGCAGGGCAGAUUAUGUCAGCUGGGCUCGGAGUUCUGUGAGCUGGCCGUCUUCUCCAAGGUUGUACGGGCAAAUGACAAACGCCACCUGCUGCAUCACUGUUUCCAGGCACUGAUGGACCAUGGAGUGAAGGUGUCCACAUGUCUGUCUGACACAUUCAGCCGACAGUGUUCCUAUAUACAGGAGUCAGAGGUUUCUAUCAGAGACAAGGCCUUACAGCUGGGACUGGCUCUAGGAUCGUUCAUGUCAGAAGCGGGCUGGUACGCGGAGGGAGAGAAGAUUUUCCUGGCGUGUCUGGAGCUGUGUGAACUGGUGGAGGACGUGUCUCACUGGCUCAGGGGCCUGGAGUUCUGCACAAGAUUGUUGCACGUGCGAAAUGCCAACUGUAAGUACAACCUUGGUGAGGAUACCUACCAGAAGGCGCUGGGUUACGUGACCAAGCUGCAGCGUCUGGGACACAGCGUGAACUUUGCGCUGCUCUACAGCGAGUACAGUGCCCUGAUGUUCGCUAAGAGCCAGUAUGACGAGGCUUACAGGUGGAGCGUGAAGGCACUCAGAGAAAUCAGACAGAACCUCCCCAUGAAGGUUGUUAUUGAUGUCAUCAGACAAGCAUCAAAGGCCUGUGUGGUGAAGAGAAAGUUCCAUCAGGCAGAGCUGCUAGUCAAGCAUGCGGUCUAUGUAGCCAGGGAGCACUUUGGCCCCAAACACCCCAAGUACUCAGACACCCUGCUGGACUACGGCUUCUACCUUCUCAACGUGGACAACAUCUGUCAGUCUGUUCAUGUCUACCAGGCUGCCCUGGACAUUCGGCAGUCUGUGUUCGGAGGCAGAAACAUCCACGUUGCCAUCGCCCACGAGGACCUGGCCUACUCCUCCUACGUACACCAGUACAGUUCGGGCAGGUUCGAGGAUGCCAAGUUCCAUGCGGAGCGAGCCAUCGAGAUCAUCGUUCACAUCCUCCCCGAGGAGCAUCUGCUGCUCGCCUCAUCUAAAAGGGUCAAAGCCCUGAUCCUAGAAGAGAUAGCGAUUGACUGCCACAACAAGGAGUUGGAGAACAUGCUGCUCCACGAGGCGCAGGAGCUGCACCUGUCCUCGCUCGCCCUCGCCAUACGAGCCUUCGGAGUCGUCAACGUGCAGACAGCCAAGCACUACGGCAACCUGGGGAGGCUCUACCAGUCCAUGCAGAGGUAUAAGGAAGCUGAGGAGAUGCAUCUGAAGGCCAUCGACAUUAAGGAGAAGCUGUUGGGACAGGAGGACUAUGAAGUCGCGCUGUCCGUCGGACAUCUGGCCUCGCUCUACAACUACGACAUGAACCGCUACGACCAGGCUGAACAACUGUACCUCAGGUCCAUCUCUAUAGGAAGGAAACUGUUCGGUGACGGUUACAGUGGUCUGGAGUACGACUAUCGUGGGCUGAUCAAGCUGUACAACUCCAUCGGCAACAUAGACAAGGUGUUGGAGUACCACGAGAUCCUGAACAGCUGGAACCAGCUGCGUGAUCGCGCCGUGCCGAUUAAGGACGCGCUCCAGGAUGUGGAGCUGAGCGAGAGAUCCACGGAACACGUCAUCCAGCAAUUUCUCGAUUCUUCGUCAUCUUCGGCGUGUUCAUAGUACUGGUUUGACCCGCUAGACCAAAUUGUGUGUAUGUAAAGGCAUCCAAGGCAGUUUCAGGGUGGCGAAACAAAAGAUAUUCCGUCUGAGGAAGACGUUUCUUAGCAUAUUUUCGUCAUCAUUUCAUGCUGGAAGCAUUUGAAACAGCUCCAAAAUGAGAAACAAGACUUAGUCACCUAGGCUGUUUCAGGGCUGCAAAACAUAACUCUGUUUGAAAAAUGACGUUUCUGUCAUUUCUUGGCAUAUUUUCGCCAUCAUUUCAUACUUAAAACAUUUGAAAUAGCCCCAAAACAAGUUACCUGAGGAGUACCAAAGCAAAACAAAUAAUACCAAACAAAAAGAUACCAAACAAGCAACGGUUUUCGGACAAAGACAUCACAUUUUUGCCUCACAGAUAUCAGUAAGCUAUGGGGGAGGGUUGAUAAAAAAAUGACCAGAAAAUUAAGUUUAAAAACCCAGUUGUACUGCCCUGGAAUCGCUUUGGGUGCCUUGAAAUAAUGUGUACAAAGAAAAGAGACCAUAGAAAAUAACACCUAGGGAAGAAAAUUAGAUAUGACAUAAGUAUGAAAUAUAUAUAUAUGUAUCUAUAAAACAUAUGUCUGAAAUAAUGUGAGAUCACUGAAGAAUAUGGUAACAGAGAUGGUCGGCUGUGAAGUUAGCUUUACAGCUGCCAUAUUGUCUUGAUUCCAUUUUAUGUUGAAUGUGUUAUGUAGGUCGAAUUGAUCAGUAAGAGUUCACUGCAUAAUAUUUGUUGUUUUAUUUAACUCCUAGGCCAUACUGAAUUAAUAUGUUGGUUCUCAGAUUUGCCGGCUUCAUUUUUUCUAGCCUUGUUUGCUUCUGAGUCUCUUUCGUCCUCUGCAAAAUUCCUGGAGAGGACGAAAGAGACUUGGCAUCAAAAUUAUUAUUAUUAUUAUUUUUUUUUGCUUUUGAAAUAACAAUUACUAUCUAGGAUAUAAAGCAACCCUAAAAUGUUUUAUACAUUUAAACAACAACAGUUUGAAAAAACCCUUGACUUUCUAGCUGUAUGUAUGUUAACGUUAUUUCUGACUAUUUUCAAGAUGGAAGGAUGCCUACUACCACUACUGACAGUGGUAGCAUUUGGGUCCAUCACAGAAUCCCUGUUUGAUUUUUUUUCCCCUGCCCACUCCAUCAGUUUCCUGCACAAAGCUGAGAACUAAGAAGUUAAAUUGGUGUGGCCCUGAGUUCAUGAUUUGUUUCUGUUAUUGUGUACAGCCCAAUAGAUCUUUUCUCCAAUCGCCAGACUGAUUGAAUGUAACACUGUACUCUGUAAUUAUGUCUCUCGUAUCUGUAAUUAUGUCUCUCUAGGCACCCAAUGCAAUUUCAGCAAGACAAAAAAAUGGAUGAGAAAAUCUGUCUGACAUUGACUGCCAUUUCUUAGCACAUUUGAUACAUGAAGUGCUUGAAAUAGCCCCCAAAACAAGACAUGAGGAGUGUCUUUAUGUUUGGGUACCGCCCAUAAAUAGCUAGAGCCAGCCUAUGAUAAGAAACAAGCAACCGUUUUCCUUCAGCGGCAUCACA